AUGGUCGCGCGCCGAAGGCUGGCCCUCGCGGCCCUGGCCUCGCUCGCGCACUUGCUCAACGCCGAGAGCGACUUCGUCAUGGUCGACGUGCCGGCGACGUCGAAGCGCUGCGUCGGCGAGGAGUUCCCCGACGACUCGCUGGGCAAGUGGUCCUUCGUCGUCAUGGGGUCGGAGAAGCACAAGGCGGACCCCACGAAGUCGAGCAAGGUGCGCGUCACGGUGAAGAACCCGCGGAAGAAGCUGAUGUGGAGCGAGAGCCUCGACUUCACGGAGAAGACGUUCUCGUUCACGACCAAGGUGCCCGGCCUGCACAAGGCCUGCGUCGAGAACCACCACAGCAAGCCCCAGCGCGUGUCCAUCGCCGUGGACCAGGGCUGGGGCGUGCGCGACUACGACGGCGUCAGCGACAGCGUCUUCGGGCCCGUCGAGAAGCAGCUCGACGACAGCGAGCACAUGCUCAAGGACAUCGCCGCGGAGAUGGACGCGGCCAUCGAGCGCGAGUCCGACCUGCGCGACGCGUCCGAGAGCGGCCGCGACCGCGUCGAGCUCUUCGGCGUCAUCUCCAUGGGCGUGCUCUUCGCGACGGCGUGCUGGCAGAUCAUCUACCUCCGCUCCUUCUUCCGCUCGAAGAAGCUCCUCUGA